AUGGCACACAUACUUUCCGCAAAUUUUGCCAUGCAUGGACUAUGGAAUAACGCUCUCGUAAACUUGGGAUUUAUGACCUUUGUUACAUUUUCGAUGGUGUAUUUCAUCGUGAACCGCAGAAUGGUGUCAAUCAGCCCAGGCAUAAAAGCCCCAUACGCGAUAAACUAUUUGAGAUUUGCACCUCACUCAUUGGCGAACUGCUUGUACGUAUUCUACGCAGGUCUUCUUAUUGAAGCUGGUUAUCAAAAGCCAACGCGAGGACCUUCUCAAGUUUGAUGUAUAGAAAUUAAAUUCUUCUCUAGUUCAAAACUUCAGCAUACAUGCUCGCCCGCAGUGACGUAAACAUGAUCGUACUUCCUGCCUCUGCCGUUACAGAGCUAUCAUCUUUACCGAAUCAGAUUGCAAAUGGACUUCUCGCAUUGGAGCGCGACAUGCUUGGUAAAUGGACUGGCCUGCAUAUGGACGUUGAAAGUAGACUACAUCACAAAGUUGUGCAGCGAAAAGUCACACCAAAUCUGGAGAUCUUAACUCCAACCGUGGAAGAAGAGGUCAGGAAUAGCUUUCUUGAUUAUCUUCCACAGAACUGCGAGAAUGAUUGGGUUGAAAUCGAGCCAUACUACGUUUUGUUGAAGGUUACUGCAAGGAUUUCGGGUAGGGUAUUGAUAGGAUUUCCCAUUUGUCGCGAUGAGCGAUGGCUGGACUUCGCUAUGAUUUUCACACAAGAAGGUAGGGAAACUAUCCAGUGUUCGGUGGUGUGCUGAAGUUAAGAUUGCUAAAUAUUUUCAGUAUUCGGAAGUCUCAUUAUAAUGCGGUGGUUUCCUCCUUGGUUAUAUUCUACACUUGCCUUCUUUUUGCCAUCUGUCCGGCGGGCCAAAGAUUACAUCCGCCAAGGACACGAAAUUUUGGAGCCCGCAUUCAAAAAACGCCUUGGAGAGAUAGACGAUAAAAAAGACAAAUCAGAAACAAUUGGUGACGGGUUUUCUUGGUUUGCGGAGCUAGCCCAGGGAGAAGACCGCUAUCCUGCAAAACUCACUCACUUUGAAAUCCUCCUCGCGCUUGCAUCUAUACAGUAGGUUAUAUCUGAAAUACAACUUUCUCUUUCUGAAAGUCUGAAGAGUAAAAUCACUUAGUCUCAUAUUUACUCUUUAUCCCCCUUCGAAACAAUUUUAGAGAUGGCAAUACUGACUUCAGCACCUUCCGCAGUACGACCUUGCUUCGUGAGGUUAAUUUUCUAUACGAUAUGAUAGCUCGUCCACUGCUUGUUGACGAGCUUCGUAAGGAAAUAGCUGACUCUAGCGAAUUUGGGUGGAAUGCAACAUCAUAUGCACAAUUGGGCAAGCUUGACAGUGCAUUAAGAGAAAGCCAAAGAACAAGCCCACCAACUUUGAUCGGACUUCGACAUAUUAUGAAACAGUCUUAUACGAUGUCUGACUCUACAUUUCUUCACAAAGGCUCCUAUGUUUGUGUACCCGCCUACUCAAUCGAAAACAACCCUGCAAACACACAAAAUCCACACGUCUUUGAUGGACUUCGAGACUAUAAGAAGCGAGCUACCCAUGUUAAGCCAAAGUCUCAGCAUCUCUAUACUACGCCUGAACCCUCGAUGUCGGGAUUUAGUUAUGGGAAAUCAGCUUGCCUAGGUCGCUUCUUCGCAGUGCUCAUUCUGAAGACCAUUUUCGUUAAGCCCCUGAUAGAAUACGAUUUAAGGUUUACAUCAGGAGCAACCGAGAAACCUGAAAAUUGCCAUGCCCAUGAAUUUAUUUUCCCGCAUCCGGCUACCAAAAUUCUAAUCAAGAAGAGGGCAAAAUCUACGGCGCCAUUUUGA